AUUAAAGAGAAGCUGGCGCAGUCCCUCAAGGCGCUGCAGAAGCGAUUCGUAACGUCAGACGCAGUCGUAACCAGUGAGGAUGCUGACGCUAACCUGCUCUGCUGCGCCCUGGAGGCCAUCUUCAUCCACGGCAUCAAGAGCAAGUACAUCCGCUCCGAGACUGGGGGACGAACCAGGAAGGGCGGCCGGGCUCCCCUCCCUCAGCCCUUCUUCUGGAGCCUCCUCAAGACCGUCACCCACCGUGAUGUCAUCACGGAGCUAGAGAAGAUCAGCUUCGUCGGCACGGACGUGGGUCGCUGUCGAGCGUGGCUGCGGCUGGCUCUCAACCACGGCCUGCUGGAGUGCUACCUCGCAUCGCUGUUCCGGGAGGACUCCAAGCUGCGGGUGCAUUAUCAGCCCAGUGCCCUCCUCCUGAACACGGAGGAGCGGGACGUGCUGCUCAGCUACCUCCAGGGUCUGGCCUCGCUCACAUUCAACCUGUCUUACAAGUCCGCCGUCCUCAACGAGUGGACCACCACGCCUUUGGUUCUCGCUGGACUCUGCCCCUUCUCCCAGGUAGACACGCUCGACCUGACCCUUAACGGCGGGGACCAUCCCUCCUCCAGGUCCACGUGGAAGGAGUCGUGGGAUACGGUGUCUCAGUCAUCGAGCUCGUCGGAUGCUCAGGAUAUGCAGAGAGGGUGUCCAGUGUUGUUUGUGGGGAGGGAGUCAAGUGCUUUACAGGGGGAUCGGACUGCACUCAACUCCUCUAAUCUCAGCCUGGACACCACGGGCUCCUCUCAGCUCUCCUCCAGCUUGAGUUCCGACAGCCUCCUGCAGGGGCAGGACCCCCGCAGCCCGACAGGAGAGCAGUGGUCUUCAUGUGACCUGGACAUUUCCAAUCACAUCAGCACCAAGAGACCACAAAAGGAUUUGGUGACUGAGUUUCGGGAGUGCGGACAGGGCAGUCAGGACUCCAUGCGUGAAGACUCCUCCUUUGUGUCAAGCACGGGUCCGGAUCAGUUUUCGGAGACGGCUGUUUUCAGUGGCUCUGAUAGUGAGAACCAGGAUCCUGCUACGCCACCGCAAGACCUGAAAGACCAGCCCCCACACUCUGUCCUCUCCCAUUCAGAGCCGCCGCCAACUUCCCCUGAUUUUCCGUCGUCUGACGAUAACCACGUUUACAAAACUCCCUCUCACACGUGCGAUGAAUCCUCUAAUGAGUUACACUUGGAGGCUGGCACAGACGAAGAGAAUACGGCUGAUGUGAAGGAGAAUUGUGCGUUUGUUCCGAAAGAGCAAGAAGUAGAAACCUCGGAGAAGAGCGUCGUCUCGGAGAAGAGUGUUGUCUCGGAGAAGAGCGGCGGCGGCUCGGAGCCUUCAGUGCAUCCGGGGCCUCGUCGCUCUGCCAGCAUCCUGAGCAGGAAGCUGUCCACAGAUUCUCUGUCAGUGAGUAUAUUAGCAGACAAAUAG